CCUCCUACUGCUGGAAUAGCCUAGGAUGCCCAAUGACUUACAGCUGUGGUGCGAGGAUUGUCAGGUAGGCUACGAAGGAGACUGUGUUCAUCACGGUCCAUUGACGAGAGUGAAAGACGCCGAUGUAGAUUCACGGGCACGCAGAAGUAUUCCUGGCAUUUUGCAACUGAGGGACCAACAAGACUUCACUGGAGUGUACGCUCGCAAAAAAUUAGACAAGAGGCUGCAGUUUGGGCCGCUGCUGGCAGUGAAGGUGCUUGAAGGAACUGACAAGGCCAAGGAAGCAGCCCAACAAAUAUCUAAUAAAGGAGGGCUGGUGUUGUGGAUCAGUGAGGAAAGCGGAGAAAAGUUCCUGCUGGACACCCGGCACGAGGAACGCACCAACUGGAUGUGUUUCGUUAGAGCAGCUCAACAUAAAGCGCAGCAGAAUGUGGUAGCCAUCCAGUACAGAGGACAGGUUUAUUUUGUCACCAUCAAGGAGAUCCCAGCUGAGUGUGAGCUGAGGGUUUGGUACUCAAAAGAUUACGCGGAAAGAAUGGGAACAAGCCUCUUGUCAGAAGAGAGACAAUCGUGGCAGUUUCGUACUCGAGAAAGGUUUCGUUGCCUGGGCUGUGGCGCGGUAUUCAGCAGCUCCAGCAGCCUCUCCAACCAUCGCUGUUCUGCAGAAGGAGGAAAUGGUUCGGCAAAGUUGCUGGCAACUUCCACUACCUCGGCUGAAAGCACUCAUACUUCCUUUACAUCUGCUGUGUCCUCUACUUCAGGACUUGCAGCUGCUGUUGUAACCACAGCUGCUAUACUGAGUAAAUUUGCUUGUAUUCCUAGUAGCAGGGGAGGCAUUGCUCUUCGGUCAGGUAGACGAAUACGAGGCCUUAGCCAGCGCUCCUUAUUGUCUGGAGCAGGUGUCGGUAGAGGGAGAUCAUCUAAGAGGGCUUCAGCGCAAGGUGCGAGCUUGUUUGCGAGUACUGCAAGUGCGAGGCCAAUUUCGCCAUUAAGUUCUUUCUCAGUCGCUAGUGUUGUGCCAAGUUCGGUUUCAUUGGUGAGUACGGCUCCGAGUUUAGCGUUUUCGGUGAGCUCUGGAUCAGCUGAGAGUGUUAGUACUGAUAUUUCCGAGUCAGUCACAACCCAAGUUCCAAGUGUCUUGCAGUUGUCCAACGUUGAAAGUAUAUUUUUAACUGAGAACCCCCAGCCAUCAACUUCUGGUGCUUCUACUGAAUCAAGAAAGAAAAAACUCAAGUUUGAGGAGACUAAAGUUGAACCCACCAGUGAAAGUUUUAGGCCCAGUUCGGAAGAACAUUUCACAAAAAGACUUACAUCGAAAGGUGGCCCUGCCAAGAAGUUGAAGGGUUCCUCAAGUGGGAGCCGUUCAAGCUCUAAACUUGCCCCUGUGACUCCUGAUGAAUUUAGCUUUACUGAACCAGAGGCUGCUGAUGUCAGGCAUUCAGAGAGAACUUUUGAGACUUCUCAUGAGGAGCUGACAAGCGAGUCUAUUGCUAGUGAAAUUCGUGCUCAGGUAUUGCAAAGUGUUCAUAGUAUAAGUAGUAGCAAAGAUAGUGAAAGCUUAGUUUUACCAGUGAGAGAAUCGCGUUUGUCUGAAGUUCUUGAACCUGUUCCUAGUGUUGUUGCUAUCGAAGAGUUUGCCAGUGUUGAAGGUGCUCUAGCUAUUGAAGUUACAUGUGUCUUGUCUUCUGAAGCUGAUGUUGGAGAUCCGUUGCUUGGACAACCUGCGGUUGCGGAAUUCAGUGAACCAAUCGAGUUAGCAGAGGAGCAAAUUGGUGCACCAGCAACUGACGUAGCAGUUGCUGGACCAUCCAGUGAAGAGGUUGGGGUAGAAGCCAGGCCAGAGGAAGUGUGUGGAGUGUGUGGGGAAAUCGGACCUCAUGCGUGUACGACUCGAGUGUUUGCGUGCCCCAGUUGCAAUAAGACCUUUUCGUCAAGGUUCAAGCUGAGCCGUCAUCAGCUCAUCCACGGCAGUGAGCGCCACUACCGCUGCACCAUCUGCGACAGAUCAUUUCACCGUAAAGACCAUCUCAAGAAUCACUUGCAAAUCCACAAACCAACGAAGCAGUUCAAGUGUGAGAGGGAAGAUUGCGGUAAGGAAUAUAACUCUUAUAUGUCCUACAGGAAGCACUGUGCCUUCCAUUCUGCUGAGGAAGGAGACCUCCAGUGCAAAUUCUGUUCCAAAAUGUUUGAUAAUAAAGACGAUCUCAUCUAUCACCUGAAGGUGCAUGUGGGCACUCGAACUGUUAAAAAUCCUAGCGAAAAGAAGUUUCAGUGCGAUCAGUGCGACCGGAGAUUUUUCACCCGCAAAGAUGUGAAGCGACAUCUCGUGGUGCACACGGGCACACGCGACUUUUGCUGUUCGCUCUGUCCUCAGAAGUUUGGUCGCAAGGAUCACUUGGUACGGCACAUCAAGAAAAGCCAUGGCGUAGUGGACCUGACCCGGCUAGAGACUUUGGCUGAUCCAUUGGCCAUCCCAGGCACCUCUGGAGGAGCUUCCGUGCCGUUGUCCCCGGGUCUUUCCUCCAUGUCUACCUCUUCUGGGGAGACAACUGGGCUGCCCCCUUAUAUGCUACCACCUUCUCCUACUCCUCAGACGUCUUUACCAUCUCCUGAACCCAGCACAUCGCAGGAGUCUUCUUUACCACCAUACCAGGAUGUCGGUACUCCAUCUUUCUCUGGGUUCAUAAGCGAUCCCUCGGCAGACAUGAGGAUUUUGGUUGGGGACCCAAUCAAGGAAGAGCAAGACCUCACCGCCAGCAUGACGGGACUGGGCCCCGACAUAUCUAACAUCCUUGGUCUUUAUCUGCCUUCAUCAGAGGGGAUCAACAUGACAAGCCUCAUGGAAACUUCUUCAACGUCGUCCAUCGUCACCACCCAUCCGUCGCACCUGGAGGAUGUAUCGUCUUUGGCUCUUCCGCCUGCGUAUUCCGCCUCGCAUUUCCAGCCCAUGUCUCCCUUGACUGCUCAAUUUACUUCCCCUCACACUUCGCCCACUCCUCCCGAAGAAAUGGAGAGACUCUUGCCCAUUGUCCCAGGAACCUCUACCACAACAACCGCGUCCACUACCCCAACCACCACCAGUCCUACAACCUUCCUACCUGGAUUUGACCAAGCGUUUCCUUGACCUUUUCUGUAUAUUUUUUUCCUACACUUAUUUUCCACUGCCAGUGCCUCUACUGUAGUUUCCUCCUGCGUUUGCCAGCAGCCAGCAUGGCCGAGCGUCAGUCUUAUGCUGCAGAUUUGAAGGAUUAUUAGAACGUUGUAGGUUCCUUACCAAAAAAUCGACUAAGUGUAAAGUUAGGUCUGUAAAAUGAUCCAAAUCAUUCAAUUUCAAUUGUUAUUAGCUUUUAAAUUCUAGGUUUCUGCAAUUGUCUUAUUGCUGCAAUGCUUGAAAGGAAACCAAGUACCUGAUUGGCAAAUUUCUGUAGGCAAAUUAGAUUCCCGUGAAAGUUGCUAGAGAAGCUUCGUGUCGUAGGUGUACGACGUUAUUCGCAUGGUGGCUUACAUUUCAUGCGGCAAGAUUGAUGUUAUAAUAUUUUCAACCUAGAUUAAGUUUAAGUAGCGUUUAUUUUCAGCUAACCUAAUAUUGUCGUAAGGUACUGCUACCUCUUUUAGUUGUGUAAGUGUGGAAUGCCAAUGAUAGUACAAACAAAACAAUGUGCCGAAAGUUCGAGUCUGCUGCAUGCCUGCACCUCCUACAGUUUAACUACUCACUUUACUCUUUUCAAAAAUACAUUCUUC